UAUUGUGUGUACUAUGGGAACACGCGGAAUAGCAUGAGGGAAAUCUGAAAAAGAGAAUAAAGAAAAAUGCUAGUUGACGACCUAGCAGGCGCAGUAAAUGCACUUUCACUUACUAAAAAAAGCAAUAGACAUUCAGCAAUAACACAAGCCUCGGAUUAAAACAAUCUUGAAGUCAAAACUAGAAUCAGAUAAUUUAGCCUACUGCACAACUACUCCUUUUGAUAAAACGCUAUACCAGUGCUUUUAGUGCAUUAAUUAUGGCUAGGAAUAAAUCAGCAUUACUUCAUGAACUUUUCAAAUCUAGCACAUGAACAGUUGUAUCAUUUAACGGGAAGCUAAAUUAUGAGCACUACCAAUUAUCAAGUACAAAGUAUAAUGACAAUAAGCUAGCCACCGGUAUGACCUUUUUAGUUUGCUUUGAUGUCGAUACAUACAAGAGCACAUAUAUGUUGAUAUAAUGCUAACUAACAAACGAUGAAUAAUGAUUAACCCACGCUCAUGGAUGUCUGACCUUCCCGCUCAUAUAUCACAGAAGGCCCUUAAUCUGAUAAGCAUUCCAGGUAGUCAUGAUUCAUUUACGUAUUCGAUUACUCAACAUAAUCCUCCUUCUCCUGAUAAUUCUAUUUGUCGUUUGGAUAUAUGUUUACCUCGUUCAUUUUUAAGCCGAAUAUUAUAUCCUUGGAGUGUAACACAAUCACUAAGUUUAGUUGAUCAGCUGGAGGCUGGGAUUCGAUAUUUUGACUUUCGUAUUUGUGCACGACAGAAAUGCUUGAACAAAUGUAAAAAUGGUGAAUCUGGAUUUUAUUUAGUACAUGGACUAUACGCAAACCUGUUAUCUGCAGAACUUCAGAGCAUUCUUGGUUUCCUCCGAGCCAAUCCGAGAGAAGUUCUUAUUGUGGAUUGUAAUCAUUGUUAUUGUUUUGAAACUGAUGAACAGAAAGAUUGUUUUGAAUCAACUGUUUUAAAGAUUUUAGAUUAUAUUAUGUUCCCUUAUCAAAAAAAUAUUCCAACAUUAGAAGAACUUUGGAGUGCUAGCAAACAAGUCAUAUUUAUAUCGUGCCAUCGAAAAUCCCCUGAGAAGAUCCAUCCAAAAUUUUGGCCUUCUAGUAGCAUAAAAUCAUUUUGGCCGGAAACUGUUGGUCCACGAGCCAUGAUUUCAUUCCUAAAUAACCAUAUUAAGUAAGGUUUAUUCAUUUUUUUACUGCUGUUGUCUUAUUCACUUGUUUGUAAUUUCCUAUUUUAUUUACACAUGUCUUGUUAUUAGUUUUUCGUUCUGACGUCUGUAUCAGGUUCAGAUUUAUUAGUUUGUCUCUUUGUUUUUCUUACUUGAGAGAUUACUAUGAAUAGCAACUACUAUUAACAAUCCACUGUUUUUUUGUUUCCUUUCAUGAAAAAAUUAAUGGGACGAAGAUCAGUUUUUUUAUAUGUAUCCUAAAGCAUGUAGUUUUCCUGACUUAGAAACAAGAAGCAUAACUGUAUUUUUUCAUAGUUUGUUUUUAGUGUUAAUGCAAGUUGGUAAAUUUUGAGAACGUACCGUCAUACAAGAUAACGUAAUUAUCUUAGGGUUAACACAUAUGUGAGAUAAUAAGAUGCAGUAUUAAGCCGUCGCUUUUAAAGUUGAUAAUGUUGCUUGUUAGAAAACAUCAUCAUGGAUGAUCGUCAAGUACUAAUCUAUAAAAUAAGCCUGUUAUAUACGGCGUAGGAACUAAACUACUUGUUCAUUUAAAUCAAAGUAGACCUGUGGUGUGUGCUACUGAUGUCGAUGGAUAUAAGUAGUAAGUAUCACCAAUCGAAAGUGAAAUGCCUGGCGGCAGAAGGUUAAGAAGAUAGAAAAGAGCGAGAACGGUUGGUGUGGAAAUGAAAGAACAUUGACGUGUGAGACAAUUGUUUGACAUUUUUCAAAUGAAGUAUUUACUGUACGGUUCCCAAAUUUAUUAAGAUAUUCUGUAAUUUUGCAUUAAAAUACAUUUUGUUGUCACAGCCUAUGUUCUCGUUCACUACAGAUCGAGAAGAUAUGUUGUUGUUAAUCAACAGUUUCUGAGAUUCUACAACUUAAACCAAAACGUGCUACAAUUGGUUAUUUGACUUUUACUAAUGAAUACUCCAAUUACCACUGGUGUCGAGUGGUUCUUGGAAUUUUUUCAGACAUUUCCAAACCACAUCUUCAUAGACCUGAUAAUACUUUCUCUGUGCACCAAGGUAUUCUUACUCCAACUUUAUCAUUCAUUUUACUUCAUCCAUUUGGUUCAGUUCAUCAUUUAGCUAAAAUAGCUGGAAAAUAUUAUCAACAAUGGUUAAAUAAACCAAAUCAAUUAGCUGGACCAGAUGGUAUUAACAUUACACUAAUUGACUUUUUUGCAACCACUUACCCAACAUACAUACAUGAUGUUGUCUCAAUAAACUAUAAAACUUGGCCGAACGGUAAAAUAUCUGAUUAAUGUUUUAUUUUAAUCGUCAAUGCCUUAUAUACUUUUUGAUUUUUAAUUUUAUUUAUUCCUACUUUCAAAUUCCCCGAGUUGAUCGUUAUUUUUUAUAACUUCCAUGAUUUCAAUUUUGAUAAUUUUUUUAUUUAGUGAACAUGUAGAUUGAAAAAAAUAUUUUGCUAUUCAUGAUUACUUCUUUUUUUUUGUAAUAUUUAAAGAAAAAGAAUAGAAAAGCUAAAGAAGAGCUGUUUUCUUAGUUAUUAUACAAAUUAUGGUGUUGUUUAGAAAUGCUUACCUUUAGUAUUCCUAUUAAACUCCAUCAUAUGAGAACUAGACGAUGCUAAUCGUUUUCCAUCUUAUUUUUGAGUGAAUCAACUAAUUGAGUUCAAGUAUACAAAUUUAAUGUAACUCAUUUAGACUGAAAUGAUACAAAGUUUUUGUUUUAUGAACACAUUUAUUAAGACAACAGAAAAUGUUUAACACAUGCUUUGAAUUUGUCAAAUGUCAGAUAACACUUCAAGAUUACUACAUUGAUCAAUUACAAUUUACGUCAGCCUCAAAAGUGAGCUGAUAGCAAAAGACAAUUUGACGUAAUUGUAGUAUUGAGGAUGAUGAUUGAAAUUUUGAGUAGUGCAGUGUCUAGUAGUCAAACAUUAACGUGUCACAAAUACUGUAUUUGAACUGUUUGUUGGUAUCCGUGAAAUAUUACAUAUUAUUGGAAGAAGGCAUCAGUGAUAUGGAAGCAUUCAUUUUUUUCUAUUCUAUACAAACUGAACACCAUAUAUACAAAACUAUAAACCAUCCUAUUUUACUUAUUAUUCAACUUUCUGUCAUUAUGCUGUUAUGGGGUAAUAUCGACCUGUCUGGUUGCAUUAAAACUAAAAGUUAUCAUUGUAAGCAAAGAUGGAUAGUGACUAGCAGUGGAAUCCAGGACGCGCAUUUCGUCCUAUUUAAGACUCGUCAGCU